UAAAACUUUAUCAAAAUUUACACGUUUGAACUUGGAGCUUCUCUUUCCUUGGUUGUCUUCACUCCAAACUAUGUGGGCUGCCUCUUCCACCUCACCCAUCCCCUCCUGCCACCGCCUCACCAUCACAACCAGUCGUCCGCCCACCCCUCCGUUAUCAGUCUUCUGCGCAAUGUCUCAGCCAUCCGGAACGGAUGCUGAAAACAUCAAACCAAACAACAGUAGCAGCAUCAAAGGCUUUGGCCACAAAAUUCUCUCAGCAGUCAACUCCCCAACUCCCAAAUCCCUAAACCAAACGACCCCCAAACACGAAUCCCAUCCGGAGGCUGCCCAAAUUAGUGGGUCCGAUGUUCUAAGGGCAUUGCAGAAGGCGGCUGCCGUGAAGGAGAAGAUCAGAACCCAACAAGUUAAAGAGAAGAAGAAGAAGAAAGAAGGGGCUGCCACCGAAGACAGUCAAUCUGAGAUGAAUCAUAGAGUGAGGCCUCUUAAGAUCAACAGAGAUUGGGGAUUGAGGCUCACCCAAUUGGAAAAACGCCUUCUGGAAAUCUCUGACCCGGUUUGAUGAUUCUUAUUUGAAUUGUCAUUGAUUUGUAUAUUCAUAUGUUGUGUUUUAUGUAGAUUUUAAGUCUCCGUGUGUUCAAUUUUCAAGUAAAAUGGCAAAUCUUUCAUAUUUUUGGUACUUCACCUUGUUUUCACAACGUUCUGUAAAUGAUGGGCGAUGGGCGUAGUAGUUAGUAAAGAAAUGACAUUACCAAAAUUUGAAUACAAUACCUUACUACUAGAGUUAAUAGUUCA